UAUGGCUGCUUUCUAAACGUUUUGAUAAAUUCUUUAUUUUUAUAUUAGUAGAGUUUUAAUAAAUAUAUUUCAUAUUAUUAUAUUGAUAAUAAAUUUGAUCAAUAUGAAUAUAGCAAGUUUAGAUGAACCAGCUAGUUUCUUUCUAAAUGGAAGAAAUGAAGAUGUAAAGGAUAAAUCCCACAAAAAGCAUAAAUCCCACAAAAAUAAAAAGCACAAAAAGAAAAGUAGGAAGAAUAGGAGAUCUCCUUGCAAAGAUGACAGCAUUAUUUAUGAUCGGUUUCCGCUAAAUCAAAUAUUUAACAAAGAUAGUACAUACCAUCCUUAUCCCUAUGACAGAGAAGACAGGCAUUCACACAAUAGAGCUAGAGAAAUUAAUAAAGAUAAAAUAGAUUCCAGAAGAUAUGAUGAUAGAUAUAAAUCAAAAUAUAUUGAGGAUUAUAAUUAUAGAGAAGCCUUGCAUACUAAGUCAUCGGAAGUGAUAGAAAAGUCUCAUAAAAAUGUCAUGAUGGAAGUAGUUAAAACACACUGCAUUGAAUCAGAAGAGGAUGAAGAUGAUAUUAUUGCGAAACGUCGAAAACAAAGAGAAAUUCUUUUGCAAAAACUUCAAAUGACGGGUAAACACUCAGCCAACAUUCCCCCAAGCAAUUUUAUAUGUACCAACGUUUCCACAUCUACCGAAAAAUCGACUCUAAACGUUGAAGAAACCACUUACCAAAUUCAUAAAAACAAUGAUCUCAAAAACAACGUUCAAAAUACUUUAUUAGAGAAAGAAUUCGACAUGUUUAGUGAUAACUUUGAGCUUAUCAUUCCAAACGACAUAAAUCCCCCUUUGAUUCAGGAUAAAGAUUCUAACAUACUCAACGAUAACUACGACGAUUCUGAAGGAUAUUAUAAGAUCAGAAUAGGAGAAUUAUUGGACAAUCGAUAUUCUGUUUAUGGAGUGACAGGCCAAGGAGUCUUUAGUAAUGUGCUAUGUGCUAGAGAUACAACCAAGAACAACCAAGAAAUUGCCGUUAAAAUGAUAAGAAGCAACGAGAUCAUGCACAAAACUGGGAUAAAGGAGUUGGAACUAAUUAAGAAGUUAAAUGAAAUAGAUGUUCAAGACAGAUAUCACUGCAUACGAUUAGAGCGUCAUUUUUACCAUAAACAACACCUGUGUCUUGUAUUUGAAUUAUUAAGCAUGAACUUACGAGAAGUCCUGAAAAAAUAUGGCAAAGACGUUGGUCUUCACAUUAAAGCUGUUAGAUCCUACACACAUCAACUCUUAUUAUCUCUAAAGUUACUUAAAAAAUGCAAUAUCAUACAUGCAGAUAUCAAACCCGAUAAUAUAUUGGUAAACAGCAAUAAAUUAUUACUCAAACUUUGCGAUUUUGGUUCCGCCUCAUACAACAACGAAGUCGAAAUUACACCAUACCUCGUCAGCCGUUUUUAUAGGGCUCCAGAAAUAAUUUUGGGCAAGGAAUACGAUUGCAGCAUAGAUUUAUGGAGUAUAGCCUGCACUGUCUACGAAUUAUACACAGGUCGUAUACUCUUCCCAGGCAAAUCCAACAACCAAAUGCUCAAAUUUUUCAUGGACAUGAGGGGUGAAAAGUUUCCUAACCGAGUCCUCAGGAAGGCCCUUUUAAGAGAUCAGCAUUUUGACUCAAGUGGCAAUUUUCUCUACCACGAAAUCGAUAAAAUUACGCAAAAGGAAAAGAUAACCGUGAUUUCUCAUAUCAAACCCAAUAAAGACUUUUUGGCCAGUCUUAUUGGUGACCACAAGCUUGCCGAAUCAGAAUUUAAAAAAGUACACCAGCUCAACGAUUUACUUCAAAAAAUUUUGACACUCGACCCUGCUAAAAGAAUUUCAAUCAACACUGCUCUUGCUCACCCCUUUAUAACGGACAAGAUUGAAUGAUUGAUUAUAUCUUCUAUAUUAUUUAUAAAAAAAUAUUUUAUGCAUACAUGGUUUUUGAAGAAAAAAAAUUUAAGCUAAGUAACAAAUAUAUUAAAAAGAAUAUUAUAACUACAUAAUUGUUGAUUUUAUAUUUGUUGUUAAUUAAGUAUAUUUAAUGUAAAUUUUA